AUGGUCUUACCAUCGCCACCAGUAUUAAAAACAACAAUUAUUCAAUUGAAUAAAGAAUUGGAUCCUGAAGAUAAUAGUAACAAUUACGAAAUAUUAACCAAUGAGUAUAACGCUGAUAAUGGUAACGGAUCAACCGAUUCCAGCAAUCCACAAACAGUGCCAACUUCUCCAACAUUCGAAGUGAAUACUUCAUUACCUAAUAAGAAAAAGAGAAGAAGAUCGACUGCAAAUAUUGAUAGUGAGGAGUUGGCUAAACGCAAAAAUGAAACAAAACAAUUGCACUCAAUAAUUGAAAAAAGAAGAAGAAUUAAAAUAAAUAGAGAAUUUGAAGCUUUGAAAUAUCUUAUACCUGCAUGUCGUAGUUGUAACUCAACCACUUCAUCACCUAAUGGUUCUACACCUUCUUCAAGAAAAGCAAGUACUGGAAAUGCUAGCAGUAGUAACAAUGGUAAUAAAAUCGAUGGGAUGUAUAAAUUAACAAUAUUGAAAUCAUCAGUUGAAUACAUUUUGUAUUUGCAUCAUGUUAUCCAAAAACAACAAGAAUUGAUUGCAAACCCAAAUAAUGAAAACUUAAGGAAACUUAAAGAUUUCGAUAUAGACUUUGCCAAGAUUCCAUUAAAUGUCAAUCAAUAUAGAAACAUCGACAAAGAGUUUAAUUUCAAAGACUUGUUGACUGAUCUAGAUGGAAAGAAGCAACAACAAAGCGAUAAUGAAGAUACUAAGAAGUUGUAUAAAGUAAAUCAACAUGAAAAUGAUCAAGUAGAAGAAGAACGAAUGGAAAAAGAAGAAGAAGAAAGUGAAAGUGGUAGCAGUAGAGGAUCCAGUGCUAUGCCACAAUCGUUACCACCUUCUGUAUCUUCAAGUUUAAAUCUUAAGAAUAAAUCACUGUUACCAACUCCUGAUUUCACACCAGACAUGGCACCAAUAUUGAAUAUAUUAAACAAAUAUUCCACUACACAAGCAGCUGCAACUGCUGCUACAAAUUCAAAUAGAAAAAACUCAUAUCCUGUUUCUCCUCAAACAGUUGGUCUUAAAUCACAAAACCCAUCACCAUUUACAGUGCCCAUGAGAUCAUCUUUAUCAAAUAGUGUCUCCCCAUCUAUGAAUGCAAAUAGAAGUUAUACUGCUGGCAAUAAUAACCCGAAAUUUGCAUUACCAGAUCCUGCAGUAAAUCCAAAUUCUCAGUUGAAUGAAAAUGUACCUAGAAAGAAGUUCAAUAGUGGUAGAAUUCCUGAAGAAGAUGAAGAUAUGCUUAAUGAAAGUACAUCAAAAAUUAGAGAACAAGAUGCUUCAAAGACAUUAUUGUCAUUAAGAAAAUCAAGCAUUGACAAUUUAUUAAACUGA